AUGAAUGACUUGAAACGCGGCUGUACUAACAACCAAGUCACAUAUCAACAGCUCGGUGCGCCCGCGUUGGUGUAUUACCAGAACAGUGAAUAUGAUAUGGAUGCUUCUGCCAUUUCGCAAGGAAAGCCUUCCAGCAUCGAAAGUACUCAUCAGCGAAUUUGCAGAGCAAAGUUUCUGUUCCACUAUCCAAUUUACAAUGUGACAGAAAGCUUAUCUGAUUGUACGCAGCGGAUUGAAGAUUCUAAAGAUCCAGAGCCACAAGAGGAACCGCUAGAAACAGCCACAUCAGCACAACAAUCGAACACCAAAAAGCAACAAAUCAGUCGACGCCUUGUUCAUCAAAACCAGCGAUCCGAUGAACAUGAUCAUGUUUUUGACGCUGAGAGUGAAUAUAGAAAAAGACGAACGAAUAUGCCUCUGCAUCGACAACGAUUGGGUUUAUUGUCCGAUGAUUUCAAAGGAAUCGACUGGAGGGAUGAGGAGAGCGACCGGUUUUCAACCAAACGAAAGCGCAAAGUGAGUACCAAGACGGUGCACAUUCUUGAGGAUUAUACAACGUACAAUUAUCCCUUCAUCCCUGGUAGCUUCAAGGGAGGAAAAUCUGACUCUCCGCAGGUACUGGGAGAUCGGUUUCUGAACUCGAAAAGGUACGCUGUGGAACGUCUCUUUUCAGAUCCUGCCUAUUUGGCUCCUUUUGGAGUUUCGUCCUUGGGCGAUCUGGAAGUCAAGAAUGAUUCAAUCAAGAAUACCAUGCUAAAGGAUACUUCAAUUAUCAAUCAAGGUCAAGGAAACUGCCUGCUUGUAUCGCGUUGUCCUUGUACUCCUUGCAGCUUGAAGUCAAGGAGUAAAGCUAGCUGGUGUCUGAUUCACCCCAAAGGAGACUGCAAUGAUCGCCUUUGUGUAUCAAACUUAAUAACUCCACAUGGAGCAGAAAAUGCUGGUCAUAUGUUUCGCACCGAGAAAGUUUCAGAACAAAAAGAUUUUAGAAGAUUGGCGAGGCAUGCUUCCACUACCUACCCAAACGAGCUGAAUCUUGGAGACACCAUCUUGGAGGUGAAACAAGCUGGAAUUUGGGAUGCUUCCAAGCAAAAGUGCACUUUCGUUGUACGGACAGUGACAUCAAUUUGCGUCCUUCAACUGGCAACAAUGAAAGCCACCACGGCGCAAAGUAUUUUGGCGAAAAACUACAGUUUUGAUGAUGAUGUAUGUUGGGGCAACUACGUGAUCCAGGAAAUACAUCGAGUCGAUAUGCGCACGUUACAUACUUCGUCGUUAUCAUUGUACCCAACCUCUUUGACUUGUCAUCCAGAGUAUGGGAACCACCUCAUUGGUUCAAAGUUUGCCGUGUCGUCUCGAUCCAAUCGUGGAGAUAUGAAUGUCAUACACCACUACCUUGCUGGUGAUGCGGACAAACUGCAUUCUACACGACAUGAUAUUGCUUCUUUGAAAUACAUAUCUAUGGUUGACUUUUCAAGUGCCCAUCCCAUGGUUUUGUGGUCAGCUUCUUCAUCGUAUGUGAGGCCAACAUUAUCCACGGAUGUACAGUUUCGUCAACCGCAACUUGGAAUGGGAUCUUCUCUCUUCGCAAUUGACUUGAGAGAUGAUUCCGCGACCUUUCAGUGGAGUCCAAGUGCACAGGAAAUGGUUACAGAAGGGUUUCAUUCAAUAAGCUCCAUUGCAACGGAUUGGCAACGGGAGUCCACUGUAUAUGUAUCAUCAAAAUCUGCGGGGAAAACGUGGGAGAUUGAUGCACGGAUGCCAUUCCGGUCGAUCAACGAGUGGUCUAUAACAUACGGCGCUGAAGACACAUCCCUGAUGAGGAAGCAAAAAGGCUUUUUCAGUGAUGGAAUGUCCCUGGUGACAAGCGUCGUGCAUGACACCAAUAGUGAAGGAAACGACACAUAUGUCUCGCCUUGCCUGACAAUCGAUACUACCCCUGGAACGUAUGGUCUUCACAUCCUACAAAGACCCAUUUCAAAGGUUCGAUUCCAAGUUGACUCCUUGGAGAGUAUUGACUCUCGACGACUCAAGUUUUCUGAAAGCACAAGCAUUGCUGCUAGUUCAGCGUUUACAUUGCCCGAAAUAUCAAGCAGAGCGCACCCCACUGGUAUUGCAGCAUUGAGGCUUCCAAUGAACAGCUUUGGAGUCGAUGCUUCGAAUGAUAUUGGCGAGGGGGCGGCAGAUGUCCUUUACACGCUCGUCCUUACAAACACAGGAGACAUAUAUGGCUAUGCUCUUGAGGAGAGCAGAAAAGGUAGUCCAAUGUCGAAUGAUUGCAUUGACUCGUCUAUUGGGACAAAGCCGAUACGUGUGCCUGCCGAAAUGGAAGGAAGAUUGAAAAAUCUUGAAUACAAACAUUGGAAACCAACUGGUGGAAUGAACAUACGACUCUACUUGACCAAUGCGUGCCCCAUCAAACCCAACUUUUUGGUUGCUCAACCAAAGGACCAAACUUCCUACCUUACAAUACAAAAAAUAGCAACAAAGCGAUUCAAAAAGCAUCAAGAAAGAUUGUUGAGACGAGUAAAGAAGGCUGUUCGUGUCGAUGAUAACAGUGCAGUUGACAAAUUUGAACGAGAUGGCUCGGGUGUGACCAUAUCAUCUACUUCUGCUGUUGGUACAGAUAAAUCUCUCUUGAUACCGCGGGCCUUGAAGGCGAAAGCCAAAAAAGUGAUAACAUUUUACAACGAGACUGAAGCAUCCACUGAAGAACCUUCAAACUACCAAACUUCAGACCUCUCAUCCGGGAUACUGGAAAUGGCAAAGGGCCUCUGGAGCGAAGACACACAACAGGGGGGUUUAUAA